ACCGUGGCGGCUGAAGUCAGGAAGCAGAUCUCAGGGCAGUAUGGAGGGUCUCCCCAGCUUCUCAAAAACCUUAAUAUUGGAGGCAGCGUCUCUCAUCACACAACCGUGCCGCUUACAGAAGCAGUGGACCCGGUUGAUUUGGAGGAUUACCUUAUCACACACCCCAUUGCAGUCGAGUCUGGCCCCUUGAGAGACUUGCUCGAGUUUCCUCCCGAUGACAUUGAGGUUGUGUACACCCCCCGAGAAUGUCGGACGCUUGUGUCAGCUGUUCCUGAAGAGAGUGAGAUGGACCCUCACGUGAGGGACUGUGUGAGAAGUUACACGGAAGACUGGGCAAUUGUGAACAGAAAGUAUCACAAACUGGGGACUGGAUUUAAUCCCAACACUUUAGACAAACAGAAGGAGAGGCAAAAGGGGCUCCCCAAACAGGUCUUUGAGUCUGAUGAAGCUCCAGAUGGCAACAGUUACCACGAUGAACAAGAUGACCUUAAGCGGCGCUCAAUGUCGAUUGACGAUACUCCUCGGGGCAGCUGGGCUUGCAGUAUUUUUGAUCUGAAGAACUCCCUUCCAGAUGCCCUUCUCCCAAACCUGCUGGACCGAACCCCCAAUGAAGAGAUUGACCACCACAAUGAAGAUCAGAGGAAGUCCAAUAGGCAUAAGGAGCUUUUUGCACUACACCCGGCUCCAGAUGAGGAGGAGCCUAUAGAACGACUUAGCAUUCCUGAAGUACCCAAAGAGCACUUUGGCCAAAGACUCCUGGUGAAGUGUUUGUCUCUUAAGUUUGAGAUAGAAAUUGAGCCCAUUUUUGCAAGUUUGGCUUUGUAUGAUGUUAAAGAAAAGAAAAAGAUUUCAGAAAAUUUCUACUUUGAUUUAAACUCCGAACAAAUGAAGGGAAUGCUCCGUCCACAUGUCCCCCCUGCUGCUAUAUCCACGCUGGCCAGGUCUGCCAUCUUUUCAAUCACCUAUCCCUCUCAAGAUGUGUUUCUGGUAAUAAAGCUUGAAAAAGUAUUACAGCAGGGAGAUAUUGGUGAAUGUGCUGAGCCUUACAUGAUUUUUAAAGAAUCCGAUGCAGCAAAGAAUAAGGAAAAGCUGGAAAAACUGAAAUGCCAGGCAGAACAGUUUUGCCAAAGACUGGGCAAAUAUCGGAUGCCUUUUGCGUGGACAGCCAUUCAUUUAAUGAACAUCGUGAGCAGUGCUGGAAGUUUGGAAAGAGAUUCCACAGAAGUAGAAGUUGGCACAGGAGAACGCAAAGGCUCGUGGUCAGAGAGAAGGAAUUCCAGUAUCGUUGGGCGGCGUUCGUUAGAGAGAACCACAAGCGGUGAUGAGGCUUGCAAUUUGACCAGUUUUAGACCAGCUACUCUGACAGUGACAAACUUUUUUAAGCAGGAGGGUGAUCGCCUGAGUGAUGAAGAUUUGUACAAGUUCCUGGCUGACAUGAGACGGCCGUCAUCAGUGUUACGGAGAUUGAGACCUAUCACAGCUCAAUUGAAGAUAGACAUAUCUCCAGCUCCAGAGAAUCCCCAUUACUGUCUAACUCCAGAGUUGCUGCAAGUGAAACUUUACCCAGACAGCAGAGUUAGACCUACAAGAGAAAUCCUGGAGUUUCCUGCCAGAGAUGUCUACGUUCCAAAUACCACGUACAGGAAUCUUCUUUAUGUCUAUCCUCAGAGCCUUAACUUUGCCAACCGCCAAGGAUCUGCCAGGAAUAUCACUGUGAAAGUCCAAUUCAUGUAUGGAGAGGACCCAAGCAAUGCUAUGCCGGUCAUCUUUGGCAAAUCUAGCUGUCCUGAAUUUUCCAAAGAAGCAUACACUGCUGUAGUAUAUCACAACAGGUCACCUGAUUUUCAUGAGGAAAUCAAGAUUAAGCUUCCAGCCACUUUAACCGAUCACCACCAUCUGCUUUUUACUUUCUACCAUGUCAGCUGCCAACAAAAACAAAACACUCCCCUGGAGACUCCAGUUGGAUACACCUGGAUUCCGAUGCUUCAAAAUGGACGGUUAAAGACUGGUCAGUUCUGUCUCCCUGUCUCACUGGAAAAACCACCACAGGCAUAUUCAGUGCUUUCUCCAGAGGUUCCACUUCCUGGGAUGAAGUGGGUGGAUAAUCACAAAGGAGUUUUCAAUGUAGAAGUUGUUGCUGUCUCAUCCCUCCAUACUCAGGACCCUUAUCUUGACAAGUUCUUUGCACUUGUCCAUGCUCUGGACGAGCACAUGUUCCCUGUGCGAAUAGGAGACAUGAGAAUUAUGGAAAACAACUUGGAAAAUGAACUGAAGAGCAGCAUUUCAGCUUUAAAUUCCUCUCAACUGGAGCCGGUAGUGCGAUUUCUUCAUCUCCUGCUUGACAAACUGAUUCUUCUGGUAGUAAGACCUCCUGUCAUUGCAGGCCAAAUAGUAAACCUGGGCCAAGCAUCUUUUGAAGCAAUGGCUUCAAUCAUAAACAGACUUCACAAGAACUUGGAUGGAAACCAGGACCAGCACGGCAGAAACAGCCUUCUUGCUUCCUAUAUUUACUAUGUUUUUCGCCUACCAAAUACCUAUCCCAACUCGCCAUCACCAGGUCCCGGUGGCUUAGGGGGAUCAGUGCAUUAUGCCACCAUGGCUCGAUCUGCUGUCCGACCAGCAAGCCUUAACCUGAACCGCUCACGGAGCCUCAGCAACAGCAACCCAGAUAUAUCUGGGACCCCCACCUCACCUGAUGAUGAAGUUCGCUCGAUCAUUGGCAGUAAGGCUACGGAUCGAAGUUGUAAUCGUAUGUCUUCGCACACUGAGACGUCAAGUUUCUUACAAACAUUAACAGGACGGUUACCAACUAAAAAGCUUUUUCAUGAAGAGCUGGCCUUACAGUGGGUCGUGUGCAGUGGGAGUGUGCGGGAGGCAGCCCUGCAGCAGGCCUGGUUCUUCUUCGAGCUGAUGGUGAAGAGCAUGGUGCAUCAUUUGUAUUUUGCUGACAAACUGGAUGCUUCAAGGAAGAAUCGUUUUCCUGAGCGUUUCAUGGAUGAUGUAACUGCUUUGGUCAGCACAAUUGCUGGUGAUAUAGUCUCUCGGUUUCAGAAGGAUACAGAAAUGGUUGAAAGGCUCAACACCAGUCUUGCAUUUUUCCUCAAUGAUCUAUUGUCUAUCAUGGACAGAGGAUUUGUUUUUGUUCUUAUUAAGACCUGCUACAAACAGGUGUCUUCAAAGCUGUAUUCCUUAACAAACCCAAGUAACCUGGCAUCUUUGAGGCUGGACUUCCUUCGCAUCAUUUGCAGCCAUGAACACUAUGUCACCUUGAAUUUACCCUGCAGCUUGCUCACACCGCCUGCGUCUCCAUCACCGUCUGUGUCUUCAGCAACUUCCCAGAGUUCUGGGUUCUCCACAAAUGUCCAAGACCAGAAGAUUGCAAAUAUGUUUGAAUUGUCUGUGCCUUUCCGUCAACAGCAUUACUUGGCUGGGCUUGUGUUAACAGAACUGGCUGUCAUUUUAGAUCCUGAUGCAGAAGGUUUAUUUGGAUUGCAUAAGAAGGUCAUCAAUAUGGUACACAACUUACUGUCCAGUCACGACUCGGACCCGCGGUACGCUGACCCGCAGGUAAAGGCCCGGGUGGCAAUGCUGUAUCUACCUCUGAUUGGUGUGAUCAUGGAAACGGUGCCUCAGCUCUAUGAUUUUACAGAGAGUCACAAUCAGCGAGGGAGGCCGAGCUGCGUCACUGCUGAUGAUUAUGAAGGCGAGAGUGGAAGCAUGAUAAGCCAGACAGUUGCCAUGGCCAUCGCAGGAACAUCGGUCCCUCAGCUCACCAGGCCCAGCAGUUUUCUACUCACCUCAUCGAGUGGCAGGCAGCACUCCACCUUCUCAACAGAGUCCAGCCGCAGCCUCCUGAUCUGUCUCUUGUGGGUGCUCAAGAAUGCAGAUGAAAGUGUCUUACAGAAGUGGUUCACAGACCUGUCAGUGCUGCAGCUCAAUCGCCUGCUGGAUUUGCUUUAUCUUUGCGUAUCCUGUUUUGAAUACAAGGGCAAGAAAGUGUUUGAAAGAAUGAACAGCCUGACGUUCAAGAAGUCAAAAGACAUGAGAGCCAAGCUUGAAGAGGCUAUUUUGGGAAGCAUAGGAGCAAGGCAGGAAAUGGUCCGAAGAAGCAGAGGACAGUUAGAGAGAAGUCCUUCUGGGAGCGCUUUUGGAAGUCAGGAGAAUUUGAGAUGGAGAAAGGAUAUGACUCACUGGCGUCAAAACACGGAGAAGCUUGACAAAUCACGAGCAGAGAUAGAACAUGAAGCACUUAUUGAUGGAAAUCUUGCAACAGAAGCAAAUCUAAUUAUUUUGGAUACACUAGAGAUAGUUGUACAGACUGUUUCUGUGACGGAGUCCAAAGAGAGCAUCCUCGGCGGGGUGCUGAAGGUGCUUCUGCACAGCAUGGCCUGCAACCAAAGUGCACUUUAUCUCCAACACUGCUUCGCCACACAGAGAGCUUUGGUCUCAAAGUUCCCUGAGCUGCUGUUUGAAGAGGAGACUGAGCAGUGUGCAGAUCUGUGCCUGAGGCUCCUGAGACACUGUAGCAGCAGCAUCAGCACAAUACGGUCACACGCGAGUGCCUCACUUUACCUUCUGAUGAGGCAAAACUUUGAGAUUGGGAAUAACUUUGCCAGAGUGAAAAUGCAGGUGACUAUGUCUCUCUCAUCCCUGGUGGGGACAUCCCAGAAUUUCAAUGAGGAAUUUUUACGACGUUCCUUGAAGACUAUUCUAACAUAUGCUGAAGAAGAUCUGGAACUCAGAGAGACAACAUUUCCUGAUCAGGUCCAAGAUCUAGUGUUCAACCUGCACAUGAUCCUCUCUGACACAGUUAAAAUGAAGGAGCACCAGGAAGAUCCAGAAAUGCUAAUUGACCUGAUGUACAGGAUUGCAAAGGGCUAUCAGAAUUCCCCUGACCUGCGCUUGACCUGGUUACAGAACAUGGCUGGAAAGCACUCAGAGAGGAGCAAUCAUGCAGAGUCAGCACAGUGUUUGGUCCACUCUGCAGCCUUGGUGGCUGAGUAUCUGAGCAUGCUCGAGGACCGAAAAUACCUCCCUGUGGGAUGCGUUACAUUUCAGAACAUAUCUUCUAAUGUUUUGGAAGAGUCAGCAGUUUCUGAUGAUGUUGUGUCACCAGAUGAAGAAGGUAUCUGUUCUGGAAAGUAUUUCACAGAAGCUGGUCUGGUGGGAUUGCUGGAGCAGGCUGCAGCAUCUUUCUCCAUGGCUGGCAUGUAUGAAGCAGUUAAUGAGGUUUACAAAGUCCUUAUUCCUAUUCAUGAAGCUAACAGAGAUGCCAAGAAGCUAUCCACUAUUCAUGGUAAACUCCAAGAAGCAUUUAGCAAGAUCGUCCACCAGAGUACUGGCUGGGAGAGGAUGUUUGGCACCUACUUCAGGGUCGGUUUCUAUGGAACCAAGUUUGGAGACCUGGAUGAGCAAGAGUUUGUUUACAAGGAGCCUGCGAUAACGAAGUUAGCUGAGAUUUCCCAUAGGCUCGAGGGAUUUUAUGGAGAACGGUUUGGUGAAGAUGUGCUUGAAGUGAUCAAGGACUCAAAUCCUGUGGACAAAUGUAAACUAGAUCCCAACAAGGCAUACAUCCAGAUUACCUAUGUGGAGCCUUACUUUGACACGUAUGAGAUGAAGGACAGGAUAACUUACUUUGACAAGAACUACAACUUGCGGCGCUUCAUGUACUGCACGCCCUUCACCCUGGAUGGCCGAGCUCACGGGGAGCUGCACGAGCAGUUCAAGCGUAAAACCAUCCUGACAACGUCCCACGCUUUCCCUUACAUCAAAACCAGGAUAAACGUCAUUCACAAAGAGGAGAUCAUUUUGACACCCAUUGAAGUUGCCAUAGAGGACAUGCAGAAGAAAACACAAGAAUUAGCUUUUGCAACUCACCAAGACCCUGCAGACCCAAAGAUGCUGCAGAUGGUGCUGCAGGGAUCAGUAGGUACCACAGUGAAUCAGGGACCAUUAGAAGUUGCACAAGUUUUCUUAUCAGAAAUACCCAACGACCCAAAGCUCUUCAGGCAUCAUAACAAACUACGGCUCUGUUUCAAAGACUUCACGAAAAGAUGUGAGGAUGCUCUGCGCAAGAACAAGAGCUUGAUCGGCCCGGACCAAAAGGAAUACCAGCGGGAGCUCGAGCGGAAUUACCACCGCUUAAAGGAGGCCCUGCAGCCACUGAUAAACAGGAAGAUCCCGCAGUUGUAUAAGGCCGUGUUGCCAGUCACAUGCCACAGAGACUCCUUCAGCAGGAUGAGCCUUCGCAAAAUGGAUAUCUAAACGAGUUAAAAACCAAAAUAAAAAAGCACUUAAAAGUAAGGUUUUGAAAAGAAAGAGCCUUGUUAUCAGCGCUGGGAAUCAAAGAAGUUUUAUUGUGAAAUAAAACUUGGACUUCAUCCUGGACUUCCCACACACCUCCUCCUCCAUCAGAGUGUUCAGUGGCCAAAACAAAUCAUUCUGAAUUGUCAAAUGUAGACUUACUUUAUCCAUGUUUGAGAAAAAAAUCCAAGUGGUAUCCAGAGUAUUGGUGAUAAGCUGUAAAGUUACCUGUUUUUUAAGGCAUUUUUAUGACUCAAAGGUACACUUAACGCAUUUACCUUUAUUUAUAAUAGCAUUCUCUAAUGUUAAAUUUAUUUACUUUUAGUUCAUAUAUUUAAUUUAUAUUAGGACCAUACACAAAUGCAUUUUUGAAGUUUUUAAUGUAGUGAUGAUGGUUAUUUUGAUGGUACUAUUAAAUAUGUGAAUGUUUACACUUUAA